AUUUCAAACACACAAUACUUUCUUCAUCCUAAGUUCAUUUACGUCACUACAUCCUCAGGGAAUAUGGCUUCAUGCAAUCAAAUUAUCUUCUUCACUUCCCUCAUUGUAUUUGGUAUUCUAUUCAUGAGGAAUAAUGUUGAAAAAGUUGAGGCUGCAGACAUCUUCUGCACACAAGAAUGCAACCCUGAAGCGUUCUAUAUGCUAUGCCCACAAAAUAACACAAAGAUUUACAAUAUUUGCAAAAAUUGUUGCCAGGCUAGACUCCUAAGUUGUCAUCUAUAUCGUGAUGAUGAUAGUCUUAUAUGUUAAUCUCCCAAGACUACGGCUUAUGUUAUUCCACAUUUUGUCAUCUAUAUCGUGAUGAUGAUAGUCUUAUAUGUUAAUCUCCCAAGACUACGGCUUAUGUUAUUCCACAUUUUGUCAUUAUUUCACAAUAAUGAAUUCCUUAAUUGCUUUGUCAAAUAAAGCAUAUAAAGGCUGACUAUUUGUUGAUGGAUUGCUAUUUCAC